UGUGGUAAACUGUGCGCGCGCUGCUCCUCGUCACUUCACGCGGAGCGCUACACUACAGUAAGUUCAGUGGUUAUGGAUAAAGAGCGGACGCUUUCUUAACACCAUUAAGAGAUAUGAUGCAGGAGUCCACUGUGGCACAGAGCAUCCUGACGACCAUGAACCAGAGUGUGAAGGUGCCCUGUGAAAUAUCCGUUGAAGAUGACCGCGUUCCACUGAUGGUGCUCUACAUUGUGGUUUUUAUCAUCGGCCUGCCAGCCAACCUGGCCACGGUCUACCUCACCUUCCACCAGGUGUGUCGUAACAACGUCCUCGGCAUCUACCUGCUCAGCCUGUCCGUGUGCGACCUCACCUACCUCUUCACGCUGCCUUUGUGGACGGUGUACAUCAGUAGAAACCACGAGUGGCCCUGGAGCUCCAUGGCCUGCAAAGUGACUGGCUUUGUGUUCUUCAACAACAUGUACAUCAGCAUCUUCCUGCUCUGCUGCGUGUCCAUUGACCGUUAUGUGGCGGUGGUUUACGCCAUCGAAUCUCGCGGUCUUCGCCAGAAAAGGAUCGCAGUUAUUGUGGCGUUUUCGAUCUACAUGGUGGUGGGCUUGGGUCACGCACCUGUGUUCAUGAUGCCUGAAGGCAAUGCUGCUGAAGGAAAUCGCCGUUGUUUUGAGCCCAGCCAGAGCUCAGCAGUGGUUACCGGAUUCAGCUACGCCCGUGUUUGCAUUGGCUUUUGCAUUCCCCUUGCCAUUCUGAUCUUCACCAAUAGAGCCAUUCUUGCCAACGUCCAGGCCAGCACGAGCCUCAAUCCUCAUCAGAAAAACAAGGUGCGCUACCUGGCUGUGGCGGUGGUGGCGCUGUUUUUGAUCUGUUUCGCUCCGUACCACAUUAUCUUGCUCUUGCGUGCCAUUACCUUCCACUUCCCCAAGCUGCAAGAGAAAUGUCACUUUGAACAGCACAUCUACACGCCCUACAAAAUCUCCUUGGGGCUGUCGACUUUCAACAGCGCCUUCAACCCCAUUCUCUACGUGUUGUCCAGCAACAAUAUCCGUCAGGAGAUCAGAAGAAGCAUGGCGUCGCUGUGGAACAGAGUCAACUUGAGUCACAGCAGCCAGCACAACAUGAACAGCUCCAAAAGCAAUUCAGACCCCGUCCCAACAAAGGGCGAUCAAAUGAGGACGUGUCUCUCUGCAUGCUAAAAUUUUAGAUGCAUUGGACAUUUUUUGCCUGAUGUGCCAUCACUUGGAAGAAAGGGAAAAGUCAGGGUUGAUACAUCAGCACAAUGACAUCUUGAAGUUGGACAGAUCUGGCAAAAAAAAAACUAAAGUGAUUUUCCUGUUAUUAUUGUGUGUUUUUUUUUUUGACUGAAAGGAUCUCACAAUAAGAUUGUCUCUGUGUAUUUAAUACCUCCUACAUUCUCGUAUUCUUCCGUCACAGAAAGUUUCCGUAACACCCCAGUCUGAGCUGCAGCUUCUGAUUAUCUUGGACUCAUAUCUAGACGAUAUUCUCUAGAUCAAACUCAACGUACAGGAAGAGGCCAUCUGGCCCACUUUUGAAACUGGCUCACUUUGUUUGAUUUUGAUCUUACAUGGCCUUUAUUACUCAUACCAAAAUAUAUCAUACUGUACAUAAAUAAAGUUCACAAAAAAAACAUUAUCAAGAAACGUGUACAAUUCUCAGAAUUUCUGCCUGUCCAAAAGGUAUAAAUACCAAUAAAUUAACAGAAAUAAUCUGGGAUAACCUUGUAAUUAGUUGCUAAGUGCCUCAAAACUGAUCACAGAUUUGGUGCUACAAACUGGGUAGAAUAAGGACAAAUACAGUGACCGGUUUAUUGUAGAAGCUCAUUACAUGAUUUCUGUUUCCC